CCCAGUAUUCGGGCGAUCGCUAGCACCCGCGCACGCGACAUCCCUUCAUCGGGGGUGCGCGCCGCCGUACUUAUAUGUGUAUGUGUGCGUGUUCGCCGUAAGUGCGGGGCCGCGGCAGCCAGCAACGUGGGGUUAGCGUGACGUAACCCCCGCGUGGCACUCUUAAUCGCUCGAUCAACCCGCGUGCCCGUGCCGUGAGGGUGUACGGGGGUGCCUAGAAGCGUCACGACCUCUCCGCACGAGACCUAGCCGGACCUCCAGUCAGCAUCCGCGAGAUGGAGAGUAAUGUAGCGUCGCAGUAAAUGAGCCGAGGGGGUGCGAGUACCGGGUAUAGCUGCGUGUUUCGACCGUCCUUCGCAUUGCGCCGCACGCAAGAACGGGGUCAUUAGCUACGUAGGUAGUCGGAAUGGGUCGAGGGAAGUCGCUCGAGUGGAAGCGAGCAUUGUCGGUGUGAUUUCGAUUUCGAAUCGGGAGUACGCGCAGCCAGGCCGGUCGAUUUACCAUUGCUACUCUAGGUUCUGCAUGAGUACAGUGACAGCGUGAUGCCUGGAGAUCUCAGAUCGAACCGGCGAUUCGACAAUUACACCGCGAGCGCGAUUUCGUGUUUGCGAAACGCGGUACGCGAGGAUUAUAUAUCGCUGAAUAAUGCUCAAGUGCGCUGAUAUUUUAAAGGGUCGAAGGGCUUUGGAGUUUCUCGAGGACUCUUGAAGCGGCAGUAGUCAAUCGUGAAAUUGAUGAGCGAUUCGAAACUACUUUCCGCGGUAACUUUAUCCGCAAAAAGAAUGUGAUAGACUGCAAUAGAUUUCACAAUGAGAGACUAAGCGUAAUGCAACACUAACGGGCAAUAUCGGGUUGCGGCUGCGUUUGAUGCGGUAUAAAUCUGCACGAACAGUGGAGAGAUCCGGCUGAUCAUCUCGUAAAGCGGAUACUUGCGGAAUUCGCGUAUGAUGGAAAGGCGAGCGCCGGCCAAGCCAUUGGAAGAAAUUUACGGCAACCGCGGGGAAUCAUUCGUUUCGUCGAGCACGGCGAAUCAUCUGAUAUUUGCUAUCAGAUAAUGUACGGCCAUCCUCGAUAAUGGAGCGAUAAUCCGAUUGAGAUUCGCAUCGCAAAGCUGACCGUUACGAUCGUAAACGGUUUGCUGAACAUCGAUUGUCCCUGGAAAAAAAAGAAGAAGAAGGAAUCCAGACUUCUGAGCACGCACAAACGAGCUAAUUGAGCGUGCGAUUACAUUUGCGGGAUUCUUUUAACUCGACGAGUUUGCGGAAAAGCAACGACGGAGAUGCAAAAAUCGGAAUAAACAAAAAGAGUUAACAAUAUUUUAUCUUUCACUUAGUAGUAAGUAAAGAGGAUCAAGUCAGAUACUGCCGGCACGAUGCUCAUGUGAGUAUCGGGAUAUUUAUGUGAAAUACGCCACACUGUGCUUGCCAAGAAAUAGAGGGAGAAAAAUCUUUCCCGCUCGCGAAAACGCAGAAUCACUUUUGGGCGGAAGAAGAACGCGACGAAAGGCAGUUUCGUCGCAGUCGUCGGUGCAAGAAGCCUCGGCUGCUAAUGCGGACGAAUUGGCAGGGAACAUCGGCGACCGGUUUUUAUGCGGCUUGUAACUGUUGCUGUUACGUGGGAAGAAGAUCGUUAGCGUCGUCGCCCGGAAAUCCCGCGGAAGAUUAAUGAGCGGUGCGGUCGGCGAUUCGGCGUGGCGGCGAUAGUGCCCGCAUAGGAUCCGCGCGCUUCCUCCGAUACGGUGGUGACGCAGGUCGGUCGGCUUGAUGUUGUCGCGCUUCCUGCAGGAACUGUCGUCAGCGGACAACAGGGCCGCCGUCGCGGAGCAACGGAAGGGCGCGGAAGGCUUGUGAUCGUUCCGGCAGCGGGCCGAUCGCUCCCGCGCCACAACCGAUCGUAGCAGCGGCAGCGGCGCGGCGAUCAUCACGGUCGCCGCCGAUGAGGGUAAUGUGACGGCGGCGAGGACAGGUGAAGAGAUGACGGUGACGGUGACGCCGUCGACUUCCGACGUCGCCGACAAGGCGGUGUCGACGGACGAUGGCGGCAGCGGCGGUAUGGAAGUGGCGCGUCUCGAGGCCGUCCUCGCCGCCCUGGUGGAGACGAAGGUGGAGGCGAUGAAGGCGUCGUCGACGCUGAGCCGACGUUCCGGCAGCGCACCUGCGAGUCCGCGCCGACCUAGAUUGACCUCAACCUCGACGGCCUCCUCCUCGUUGAACCAUCACCACCAUCAUCAUCACCAUCAUCAUCACCAUCACUCGCAGCAACAAAAACAGCAGCAGCUACAGCAACAGCAACAGCACAAUAGAAAGAAGGGCCAGCAUCACCAGCAACAUCAUCGUCACCGUCGCAGACGUCACGAUUCCGCGCCCUGCAGCAGUGAUUACCUUAACAAUGCGACGGAUCACACCCAGCAUAAAUUAACUAACGGAAAAGGACGGAGAAGAGCUUCCGAAAGUCCUCGCAGCCCUCGAAAGAAGCGCAGGCAUUCGAGGAGCCCAAAUGUUCUCCAAGGCGUCGUUCAAGACGUUCACGGCGGCCUCGAUUCGCGCUUCGAGCUGCUCGGCAUUGACGGCGACCAAGACUUGGCCCUAAUAAAUUUCGAAAGGGCUAAAGAAGUCCUCGGCGAUUCCUGCGAAUAUUCGCGGCUGCAACUCCGAAGUGCCUGCUACUUUUCCCAAAGCGCAGCUCAAUUAAAAAUUCAUUACGACGACGACGACUACGUGGCGUUGAACGUAGCCGACGAGCUGGAGGAGGAGGAGACCCUGAGCGGUCCGGAAAAGGUGGAUGAGCCUCAGGGAAGGUAUCAUCGACCGCGAAGAAAGCGCAAACGUAAACGACGCAAGGUCGACCCCGUCGUCAGCCCGGAAGAGGAGCUCGUCGAUCCCGAGGAACUCCCGCCUCGUGCACGAUGGACGAUCGUCGCAACCGCUUGUCUUCUGCUCGCCAUGUCCUUGCUCCUAGUCGGCGUCACACUGCGGAUGGCGCCUAUAAUCGACGAUAUGGUACGGAAGGAGAACGAGGAGCUGCUGAAUUCCCUGAACAGUAACAUUUUCGUGCCCGAGAACGUCACGGCGUCACCUUAAGCGGAGUGAUCUUUCCGAACGGAAGGGCAUCGCUCGUUCGUCGUUCUCGAUUCGCUUCAGUCACGUGACACGAGGUCUCGUGUCGUCCUUACCUCACGAAGCGAACAAGAUGAACACGGCGGUUUUGCGAUGGCGGACGUCAUAUGAAUCCACGUCGGCGUCAUUGUGUUUUGUACGAAACGCGAGACAUCCGGGCGAUUCAGGGGAGAAAUUUCGAGACAAUGAUGAGAAAAAGAAAAAGGCGGCUCUGGUAUCUGUCGUCUCCGAUAAAUCUUGGGUCGGCGGAUCGGAUGUUAAUUAGGUAUCGCAGUUUUAACACGACGCGUCAAAAUCGCGUCCUUGUAUACGACGCUGCGGAAAUGUUGUUGCGACGAGGCCGCGGGAAAUCCGAUCGCAACGUUCGACACGCCAUGUUGCGUCGCUGGUUGUAUUGUUGCCGCGUUCGGAAACGUCGCGUUGAUACAUACAUAUAUAUAUAUAUAUAUAUGUGUAUAUAUAUGUAUAUAUAUAUAUAUCUUGUAUCGAUGCAGACUAGAUGUCCUCGAUUCCAGCCAGCUUCGCCCAAUAAUAAAAGCUCACUUCAAUGAGAAGCAUCCAAAAAAAUGUUCAAUCUGAAUUUAAUAAUUAGAGGAGCUUAUAGCCAAAUUAAAACAUUUGUCAGUAAAAUUUUUAUUAGAUUAAUGCACUUUACGCCGAAAAUUGAAAAAUUCUAAUGAAACCGCGACAAUCGUGUGUCAUUGAACGAUUGUCUAGUAUUACCGCAGCAUACGUAAUCUGUCAUGAUAAAACGCGCAUCUAUGCCAAGUGAUUAGGAGUGCCUAUUCUGCGUUGAAACGAGUCUUUAAUUCUUUAGGCGCGAGAUCACGAUCUUUGACGAGAGCUCGCGCAAUUUGUUGCGGAAUUCAAUCCGACGUUAGGUCGCACACCGAAUGCCAACAACGAAGGAGCGUUUUAGAAGUGACACAGGUGAGAUGGCGCGGUGCCACGGACGUGGCAUCCGGCCGUCCGUCUGUCGGCCGCGAAGGAAUCGGCGUGUGUGCAUGAGGCCUCUCGUCUAUUCACUUCCUCGGGUACGAGUGGACGUACGUGGCCCGAAUCGGGCAUGCAUGAGUAUCGAUCCGCGUCAUCAGUACGCGAAUAUGAAGUUUACACGCUGUUGAGAAAUCGUGUCGCCAGACAAAGUCGACGUGUAAAGGGAUAUAUAGCUUUCUUGGUGCUUUUUUACAUGUCUUCCAGGACGAGAAAGAACGAGUUCGAUGAACGAGGACUUUUAGCCGCCGAUUCCUCGCGCUGACGACAGGCUGGCAGCGUUUUCAUGUAGAAAAUUGUAUAUAAGAGGACUCGUUAUUAACAAUUGUUUGUAGUUACAAAGUCGAGAGAGUAGUCGAGAUAAGGGCCGAAUUGUUGUUGUCAAAAGAUGAACGGUCGUAGAAGAAACGCUCGUCGAAAUCGUGCGAUACAGAGAGAAAAGAAGGAAAGAGGAAACGGAGCACAUUUGUGAUCGGUUAUCCAAGUAUGCGUACGCAUGUGUGCGUAAAUUGUUGUACGUGUAAGGAACACGUGUGGAAGUUUUUCGCGUGCUAUUCGCACGAAACGGCCAAAGUAUUUUUAUUCGCUUCACUUCGCUGCUCUCAGUGCAAUUUCCCAUUUCGCUUUGUGACUAAUUGCUUAAAAGUUUUAUCGGACGUUUUUCGUCGCGAUGAUGGUGAUUCAGCAGGAACUUUUUCCGAUACAUUUAUUUUGUAAGCCCUCUCCGCGAACGUGGAAAAUAUUGUUUGCCGGCAUAACUCGGGCUUAUGAAUUGCGUGCUUCGCAAUUAAGCAAUGUCGAUAAUUCCGUUGGCGACACGCUGUUCUGUAUUUUUACAAAAAUUUCUUAAAUAAUAACCAUUAAUUUUACGAGGACGUUAUUGCUGCUUAUAGUCAGAAAGCUUUGCACUGUUAUAUCGUAUAUUUCAUUUUCCUCGCUUUGCUUGCGACUAAAAGUUGAUUUUAAUUUGAUAUGGUAGAUCGAAUUUGGUAUCAAGAUCUUUGAAAUAAAUUACAUUCGUGACAGCAAAUAUAUUCCAUUCAGUGAUAUACUGAUAAAAUAAAAUAUAGGGCUUGAUAUAUGGACAUGGUUUGAUAGAAUCGGCUUGCGCUGAAUAAUAAUGUUUGACGACAAAAUCUCCUGUGGUACGAUAAUGUCGACAUCAUUUAAGAAAAAGUCCGUAAGAAUUUCAUGAAGAUCGCAUUUGUUUGUUUAGAAAAGUUUUUAUUGCGUGAUACUCGACAAAUUACAUCAUUUAGAUCGAGCAUUUUUCUUUCAGAACAGUGGCAUUUAUUACAUUUUUUUCUGAAACGCAAAGUAUUGGAAUACAGUUCCCUUUAUGCAUUAUUUUUUAUGUUCUUUUUCCCCGCGUUUUUGUUAUUUUUAUUAUACAAAUAUAUACAAAAUUAUACGAAUGCAGUGAAUAGUAUUCUCUAAAGUAAUUUUAAGUACUGUAUUCGAGAAUUUCGGUCGUAAUUUCGGAUUUUCGUGAGUGUUCACUAGCAAUCGCUGCAGUUAACGCAGAGGAAAACUUUUCUAUGUGAGGUGAUGUGCGAUAGCGUCUAUAAAUACUAUCGGAGUUUACACCCGCAUAUAUAUAGCGACUAGUCCCUAAUGUCGUUUCCGCGACGUAAAGUAUACGACGUGGAAUAUCGAGCGCUUAAAAAAAAAGCAAGGCGGAGAAUUUUUGAUUACUUGUUACCGGACUCAUACGUAAACGAUGAGUGUAAAGCUAUACACCUUCGAAGCGGUCGUAUGAUUGAUCGACCAGUGAGGAGCGACAGGAACUUUUCUUCCUUUUUCGACCAAUCUCUUUCACUCAUCGAUUUCUCUGUCCUCUAUGCCAAAUUAACGCACGUUUGCGUUGCUCCGUUUCGCGUUGUCUAUUCUAAAACAACCGUCCUGAGUAUUAUGUUUCACUAUAAAAAUUUCCGCGCCGAUCGCGCUUUGAUAUAUUUUGCUUUGCCUAUACGAACGAUGUAGGACCGACGAUGCGAGAUCGAUCGACUGAUCGCACGUUAGAUGACUAUUUUAUUGUCGAAAAAAAAAAAAACAGAAGGAGACGAUCAGUUUGAUAAAUUCGCGUCGCACAAUCAAUCGGCAUACGUAAUCGCCGAUCUCUCGCGAUAUGCAUUAUAUAAGAACGUAUGUAAGUUAACGAAUAAUCGGUCUUCUGAGCGAAUACAUCGGGCUUUUUUGUAGGUAAAAUCGGCGUAGGAGAUUGUAAAUGAAAGAAGUACAGCCGAUUUUGCUGAUCAGUUUGUUAACAUUAUAGCGAUUCACGGCUGUAAAUCUUUCAUUUAAAUAUUUCGGCCAUAGUAGUUCUUAGCCGCCGACCGACUCGGCGACGGAAAACGCAAUAAUUCGCUGUGUUAUAUGAGGCGCUUUUCUAUAAAAGAUAUUUCCCUUUUCUACCUCUAAUUACUAACUUCUAGGGCCACUCGUAGAAAAUAUUGUAUAGCGUACGAUAUUUUUUUUUUUCACCACGUUCUUCUCUCUCACGACGAGCUUUCACUUCCGUCUUCGUUUUCGCGUACGCUUGGAGAUCACUUGGCCUAACGCGAGGGGGCUCGUUUAUGUCUAAUAAGCGAGCUAAUAAAUAGUUUAGUGACCGCGCGCUCGUGGCUUCCUGGAUAGUUUCGAAAGGAUCCCACGAGGGCACGUCGAGUUCGACGAGUGUUCGAGCAUACUUAGUGACGUUAGAAGCUUCGCACGAGAAUAAACUAUGAGCAAAAAAUAAAAAAAAAAAAGAUACUUGCGCUGGUCGCGUCUUUAUUUCUUACGACACUAUGAUACCACCGAAAAUGCAAUCGCGCCGAUUUGGCAUCGCGCGCGACGAUCAAUGACGACGCUUCUCUUUUGUCAAGAUUAAACUUAAAACUUAAGCUCACAGAUACGAAAAUGCGUGUGCCAAACCUGUGCGUGUGUACAAUGGUGUGCACUCGAGUUUCUUUCGACAAUCAUAGUGCCGGUGUGAGUACGAUCGCUUGUGUGUGAGUUUUUACGGGAGAUAAACGAGCAUUUUUUCCCUCUUCGAGAGCACGGCGUGGAUCGUUGCGCGAGCGACAAGCUCAACUCAGGAAUACAAGCAGAUUGUUCUCCGAUCAUCGAUCGUCGAGAAUUGUCGAGCAAAGUGUCUCUCGUGUCUCGCAUCGUUUCGAUAUUAUCUUCUUAUUUUGCAGCUUCGAUAUCCCGCUGGCGGUGCAAUGUAGCUAGCAGAAAAACGAAAGCGGCGUUUGUCGCGAACAAUUUCAAGCACCGAUAAAAUGCUCAAAAUAUUAGCUUUUAAAAGCCUGGAAACUUAGAUAUUUCUCGAUGCAAACAUAUUUUGUGUAAGAGAGAUGUAACUCAAUAUAUAUCAAACUAUUUAGAGAAGAGAUAAACCGAUUUAAAAAAUCGAUUGGCUUGGAAUAUAUAUAGGUAUAUUUUUUAAAUGCUUUCACGUGACUAGACAUAUGAAUGGACGACAAUAUGCGAAUUUAUUGCCGACAAUUUAAAAUUGCAAACAAAAAUUCACAUUUCUAUAUUUUUUUAGGAAGAUUUUUUUAUUUCUAUUUUUAGAAGUUUAUCUUUCUAUUUUUAAAAUUCUCUAAUUAUUAAAUGCACACAGUGGGGCUAAGCGAAUUCCAAAACGGUCAUUUUUCCUCAUUUUUCCCAUGAGACGAGGCGAAUGAUAAUCCCUUUGUCUCAAAAGACAAUGCAUAUUAAAUAAGGAAUUCUACGCGGUCUGGACACAACCGUAGACUAUGCAAAUAAAUCCACAGCAUUUUUUUUUUUCAGAAAAAAAUUGGGCGACGCGCGUAACAUUGAAUAAUAAGCAGGAUAAAAAGCUACAUGUAACUUUCAUCUUGUCGCUCUCGUACGCGAGGCACGCGUGUUUUAUUCAAGGAACAGAGUCACGCGAGUGGCGUAUUCCAGGCACACUGAGAGAUAUUUUACGCCAGGGAUUGCGUAGCAGUAAUAAUAAUCUCGACCACGAGGUGUG